AUGGACUUUCUAAAUGAUGAUGAACUAGAGCUGGAUUUGCCGGUAACUGCAGAAAUAUCCAAAGAGUUGUUUGGCACAGAAAUUGAAAAAUACCGUGAAUCUCAGCAUAAUGGGGCCGAUAUUGCUAACUUUGAUGUUGAUAAGUUUUUAAUAGAGAAGAAUUUUCAGUUCCUUCCACUCGACUCCCUUAUUAGAGAUCUAUCUGGGCUUUCACAGAAAAUGGUACAAACAUUAUUAGAACAGAUAAGAAGCAACUACGAUGACUAUUUGACUUUCUCCAGCACUUAUACAGAUGAGGAAAAUGGAACACUGAUGGAUUUAGAAAGAACACAAAGUGACCUACAGAAAUUUAUGACCCAGUUGGAUCAUUUGAUAAAGGAAGACAUUACAGACACACAAGAGAUCAUAAAGGAUGUCUUGGAAUACUUGAAGAAGCUGGAUGAAAUUUAUGGUUCGUUACGUAAUCAUUCACAACUGACUGAAGCACUAUUACUUGGUAGAAAAUUGAGUAAAUCUCUUCAUGAAAUGUGCGGUAUAGAGCCACUAGAAGAAGAAAUCUGCUCUGGCUUAAUCGAGCAAUUGUAUAGUUUGGUUACAGCGUCACGUCGAAUAUUGGAAUCCUUUUCUGAGUCGAACUCGCCGUAUAUUCAUCAUUUGCGCAAUGAUUACCAAGACCUCCUGCAAGAAUUUCAAAUCUCAUUAAAAAUUUUAACCGAAAAGUGUCUUGAAAGCCCAUCAAGUUUAAAAAUUCUAUCUUUGACAUUAGUCUCCGUUAUAAAACCUGCGUAA